CCCCCCAACAAUCUCCCCAUUCCCAUCCUUCUUUCUCUCGUUUAUACUUUCUUUGCUUUCUCUGCUUUCUUUCUCUUCCUUCCUCUUUGUCUGUGCUAGUAACAAACCAUGGUUGUCCUGUCACAGCCAGCAUUAGACCAUUACACUUCGAUCAAAACAUGCAAGCCUACCAGUGUUUUCACAGGACUUCCAGUGAUAAACCUGAGAGACCCUGAGGCAAAGACCCUCAUGGUUAAGGCCUGUGAGGAGUAUGGCUUCUUCAAGCUGGUCAAUCAUGGUGUUCCUAUGGAAUUCAUGAUCAGAUUGGAAACUGAAGCUCUCAGGUUCUUCAAUCUGCCCCAGUCUGUGAAAGACAAAGCUGGUCCUCCUGAACCUUUUGGCUAUGGCAGCAAGAGAAUAGGACCAAAUGGUGAUGUGGGAUGGAUUGAAUAUCUCCUUCUCAAUACCAACCCUCAAGUCACCUCCCUCAAAACUCUUACCAUAUUCCGGCAAAACCCUGAAAUUUUCCGCAGCUCUGCUGUGAAUGACUAUAUCCUGGCGGUAAAGAGAAUGGCAUUUGAAGUGCUGGACUUGAUGGCCGAGGGUCUGAAAAUUGAGCCGAGGAAUGCGUUGAGUAGGCUGUUAAGGGAUGAGAAGAGUGACUCAUGUUUCAGGCUAAACUACUACCCACCAUGCCCAGAGCUACAGGCAUUGAGUGGUAGAAAUUUGAUUGGGUUUGGGGAGCAUACAGACCCGCAGAUAAUUUCUGUCCUAAGAUCCAACAACACGUCAGGCCUGCAAAUCUGUCUGAGAGAUGGGACUUGGGUUUCAGUCCCACCUGAUCAGACCUCCUUUUUCAUCAAUAUUGGUGAUGCCUUGCAGGUAAUGACUAAUGGAAGGCUUAAGAGUGUGAGGCAUAGGGUGUUGGCAGAAUCGCUGAAAUCAAGAGUUUCCAUGAUCUAUUUUGGAGGACCACCUUUGAGUGAAAAGAUAGCGCCUUUACCCUCGCUGGUUGCAAAAGGAGAAGAGAGCUUGUACAAGGAGUUCACCUGGUGGGAAUACAAGACCUCUGCCUACAAGUCGAGGUUGGCUGAUUAUAGGCUUGGGCUGUUUGAGAAAAAUGCAGGCCAUUGAUGUUGUAGUCAAAUUCCCCAUGUUAGCUAAAUUUAGGUUUUUUGUCAAAGUUAAAAACAGGUGCCAGAGAAGUUGACUCGACUUGCCAUAGAUGGAAACCAAAUAGGUUGUUCUUUUCCUUCCCCCAUCAUCCCAUGACUUUUCCCUCUGUUCUUGUUUCUUCUUUCUACAGGUUUAUAUGUACAAGGGCUGCCCCCUCGACCAUCAAUGCAAGUUUAUCAUCAUGUCCUAAUGUAUAGUAUUUCUAAGCUUUGUGAAAUUCCAUCUGUGACCCUAAAAGUUAAAUUCAUGUUACCAUUUGGGUUUCCUUCUUCCUCAAUAUUAGAGCAAAGCUUUUCUUC